AUGGCUACCCAUAAAAUCUCUUGUGCUGUUUUUUUCUUAUUAUUGGGGUUAGGCAUUUCCUCUGCUGCUAGGUCCCUGCUCACUUAUGAACAUAUAGGAGGUGCAUAUGCUGGUGGUGGUGGCGGAGGCAGUGGUGGUGGUGGUGCAGGCGUUUAUGGUUCAGGUGGAGGGCAUGCUAGUGGAUAUGGUGGUGGAGGUGGUGAAGGAGGGGGUGUAGCAUCUGGAGGAUAUGCUGGAGGAGGUGGUGGUGGUAGCGGUGGUGGUGGUGCAUAUAGUGAAGGAGGGGUACAUGCUGGUGGUUAUGGGGGUGGUGAAGGUGGAGGCUAUGGUGGAGCCGGAGCGUAUGGUGGUGAUUCUUAUGCCGGUGGUGGCGGUGGUGGAAGUGGUGGAGGUGGUGCAUAUGGAGGGGUAGAGCAUACGGGUGGCUAUGGAGGAGGUGAAGGUGGUGGUGGUGGUGGUGGUCAUGGAGGUGGAUAUGUUCCAAGUGGUGGUGCCUAUGGUGGCGGCGGCGGUGGUGGAUCUGGUGGCGGUGGUGCAGGUGCAUAUGGUGCUGGGGGAGAGCACGCUGGUGGCUAUGGAGGAGGUGAAGGCGGUGGUCAUGGAGGAGCAUAUACAGGUGGUGGUAGUGGUGCAUAUGGUGGUGGUGGUGGUAGUGGAAGUGGUGGAGGAGGUGCAUAUGGUGCUGGAGAACAUGCCGGAGGCUAUGGAGGUGGUGAAGGUGGUGGCCAUGGAGGAGCUUAUGCAGGUGGUUCUGGUGGUGCAUAUGGUGGUGGUGGCGGCAGUGGAAGUGGUGGAGGAGGUGCAUAUGGUGGGGGAGGACAUGUUGGAGGCUAUGGAGGUGGUGAAGGUGGUGGCCAUGGAGGAGCUCAUGCCGGUGGUGCUGGUGCAUAUGGUGGUGGUGGUGGUGGUGGAAGUGGAGGUGGAGGAGCUGGUGCUUAUGGUGCUGGUGGUGAAGCUGCAGGUGGCGGAUAUGGUAGUGGAGGAGGAGCAGGUGGUGCAGAAGCGGAAGGGGGACAUGCAUAUGGUAUAGGUGGAGGAGGUGGCUCAGGUGGUGGUGGUGCCUAUGCAGGUGGUUCUCAUGCAGGUGGAUAUGGUGGUGGUGCUGGAGGCGGUGAAGGAGGUGGCCACGGAGGGUAUCACCCUUGA